AUUUCAGUCACAGGUAGAAAAGUCUAGUCAUAUCAAAGUCUACUAAAGCUACUUCUACUUUUAUUUUGGAACUGAGAUCGGAAAGAAAGAAAGAAAGAAAGAAAGAAAGAAAGAAAGAAAGAAAGAAAGAAAGAAAGAAAGAAAGAAAGAAAGAAAGAAAGAACUGUACAAGUGAAACGUCCAAGGAAGUAAAACAAAAUCUAUUUGUUCAACUUUGAUAAAACUCAAAUGAAAUGGAAAAAAAACAAAGGAAAUAUUUCUGGGAACACCUUUACUAAGAGAACGCCUUUCCUGGUGUACAAACAUGAUGCUUGAAUUCUGCACUGUUCUUCAGAGAAGCAGAAGUUCUAUACUUUACCAAGUUGUGCAUUUUGCAUAGGAAAGCUCGCACAAAGAAAAGAGUGGUUCCAGGAGACUACAUGAAGCAGACUGAAGCAUCUGGAAUGAAAUCGAGAGAAAGCUGAGUGAAUGCACAGCAUCAAAACUGAUUUGUUUUACAAGACAAGAAUAUUCUUUGGAGGAUAAAAUGUUGCAAUGCAAGAAAAAUGGAUUCUGAUGCAAAUACAGCCCGUUGUCACUGGAAAGUUAAGCAGUUCCUGGAGAAACUGGGCAGACAGCCUUCUAAGAAGGUUUUGGACUUAAACAAUUGUGCAUUAAGUUCGAGGGAUGUAGCUGAGUUAGCUUCCAUGAUACAUUUGCUGCCAGAACUAGAGGAGAUUGAUCUUUCCUGGAAUGAUUUCAUUGGAGGGGCACUAGAACCUCUUCCCCUGCAGUUCAAACACUUGCAAGAACUAAAAGUUCUCCAGUUGAGCAACUGCCGACUCACAGCCAAGGAUCUUGCCUUUUUAGGUGACGCACUGGAAACAAUUUCUCACCUUGAAAUACUGGAUUUAUCAUGGAAUACCGGCCUGGGUGGGAGCCUGUCUCUUCUAACUGCCAAAAUUCCCAAAGGUUCUAAACUCAAAACAUUAAAAUUGACAGACUGCAAUCUCACUUCUGAAGAUGGUGAAUCGCUUGCUCAGGUGGUAAACAGGGUUCACAACCUUGAAAUACUGGAUCUUUCCAUUAAUAAAAAGAUAGGAUGUAGUCUGAAAAAUAUUGCCCAGGAACUAAAGUAUGUCUCAGGCCUGAAAGUACUAAAUUUGAGUAUGUGUGGAUUGAAACAAGAUGGUUUACAGUGGUUAGACAAUGCCUUGCAGCACUUAUUGGAACUGAGGAAACUGGAUGUGUCUUGCAAUAAAGGCAUCGGAGGAGGUUUCCAAAAUGUAGAGGCUCAUUUGGCCAGUCUAAGUAACCUCGAAGUCCUGGAUCUCCAUCAGUGCUCUAUUACAGAAGAGGACAUGGCAGUUUUAAGUCAGAUAAUACCACUUUUGUCAAGGCUUCAAGAGCUGGAUUUGUCAUCAAACAAAAAUGUUGGGGUCUCUUCUGAUCAGCUGCUCAGCCGCCUCCGGUUUCUACCAAACCUGAAAUCUGUGCUCCUCAGCAAUUGUUCAUUACAACAUGAUUCAUUUGCAUCUUUUGCUGAGGCUGCCCUUCACCUUCCUGAACUGAAGACAUUAGAUCUUUCUUGGAAUAAAUGCGUUGGCGGGAACCUAAAGCUGAUUUUGAAAGCACUAAACCUUGGAGGAGAGAUCCGGGUGUUAAGACUCAGCAGCUGCGGCUUGGUUGAUGAGGAUCUGUCUAGCUUAGCCGUGGGUAUCCAGACUGGGCAUCUGGCACUGCUACAGACCCUGGACCUUAGCUAUAACCACGAUCUCUCUGACCGAGGAUGGACAAAACUGUGCCAAGUCUUAGCUGCCCUGGAACAGCUUUCGGAACUAGAUGUCAGCCUUCGGCCAUCAUCAAGCUGUCACUGCGGGGACUGGCUCAGCCAGCUGUUGGCUACCUUGCCGAAGCUGCCUGUGUUCACAGAGCUAGGCCUGCAAGGCUGGGUGCUUUCAGAAGUUCAACAAAAGGAACUGGAACAUUGCCAUCAAGACAAUGAGUGCAAUAUUCUCUUUGACAUUUAGGAUGAAUGUAAAGCCUGAACGUCUG